GUCCGCAGAGUCCACUGACGCUUUUCUCUGUUGCUUAAGGCUUUCGGUCCCUUCUCUUUCUCUAAGCGAGCGUUCUUUGUUGGUGACCGGAGCUGCUAGUCCAGAAGGAACAGACUGAGUGAGCGAGGCGCCAUGACAACCCUGGAUGACAAGUUGCUGGGGGAGAAAUUGCAGUACUACUACAGCACCAGUGAGGAUGAGGACAGUGACCAUGAAGACAAAGACAGAGAGGGAGCCCCAGCCAGUAGUUCCACGCCUGCGGAGGCUGAGCUGGCAGGCGAAGGCAUUUCAAUCAAUACAGGUCCAAAAGGGGUGAUCAAUGACUGGUGCUGCUUCAAGCAGUUGGAGACAGAGCAGAGGGAGGAGCAGUGCCGGGAGAUGGAGCGGCUGAUCAAAAAGCUGUCUAUGAGCUGCAGGUCCCAUCUGGAUGAAGAGGAGGAGCAGCAGAAACAGAAGGACCUCCAGGAGAAAAUCAGUGGGAAGAUGACUCUGAAGGAGUGUGGUACGAUGGACAAGAAUUUGGAUGAUGAAGAGUUUCUGCAGCAGUAUCGGAAGCAGAGGAUGGACGAGAUGCGGCAGCAGCUUCAUAAAGGGCCCCAAUUCAAGCAAGUGCUUGAGAUCCCCAGUGGAGAAGGAUUUUUAGAUAUGAUUGAUAAAGAGCAGAAAAGCACCCUUAUCAUGGUUCAUAUUUAUGAAGAUGGUGUCCCAGGGACUGAAGCCAUGAAUGGCUGCAUGAUCUGCCUUGCCACAGAGUACCCCACUGUCAAAUUCUGCCGAGUGAGGAGCUGGGUUAUUGGGGCCAGCAGUCGUUUUACCCGGAAUGCCCUUCCUGCUCUGCUCAUCUACAAGGAGGGUGAAUUGAUUGGCAAUUUUGUUCGUGUCACUGACCAGCUGGGCGAAGAUUUCUUUGCUGUAGACCUUGAAGCUUUCCUGCAGGAAUUUGGAUUGCUCCCAGAAAAGGAAGUCUUGGUGCUGACAUCUGUGCGAAACUCUGCCACCUGUCACAGUGAAGACAGCGAUCUAGAAAUAGAUUGAACUGAUAAUCUAGUUCUGUAGCUGUCUCAUUGUUUGGGCUAGAGGACACAUGUCUGUAUUUAUUUCUGUCCUUCCUGUCUUCUGGCUUUACAGCUGCUCUUUGUAGUCUGGUUUAGUAUGUGGAAAGUCAAGAAACUCAGAUUAAAUCAGAAUCCUGACUCACUUUGUGGCUAGCAGUAAAGCGAUUUCUAAUUAUAUAAACAGGAAGCUGGGUUCUUGAGCUGUUUACAUCUCUAGCGUGACAUCUCUGAAAUUGUUUCCAGUCAAUAUUGACAUGGCACCCUUGAAGGCAAUGUCUUGAAAAUUGUCUUCUGAUGACCUCAGAAUUCCACCAGGUCUGAGAGUAGAAUUCCCUAGGGAGUGUGUUCUGUGCAGUGUAAACAGUGCAUUUCCAUAAUCACUUGAUUGCAAAUCAUGUUUACUUGCAAUCAGACUCAUAGCUGUACUUAUUUUCUCCAGAUCCUUCUCCACCAGGGUCCAUACAAGGUUGGGAAUAUAGCUCAGUGGUGAACUCUUAACCUAGCAUACACGUAGCUCCAAGGUAUCUGAUUCCCAGCACUGUCAAAACUAAAGGUUCCAGAUGGCGCCUGAUGCUGUAGUUAGCAGUGAUCUCUGCUGUGGGAGUCACUGGUCCAGUCCAGCAUAAUGAAGUAUGAACAGGAAGGGAUGUUUUUUCUUGCUGACUGCUGUCAUGGUGUUGGGAGGCAGGCAUCCUAUUGACUGACACUGGUGUGUAUAGAGCUUGAAAACCUCAGUAGGAGGACUUUUCUGUAUCCUGCUCAUCAGCAUCUGUUCCUCUGUUAUUUAGCAAGGUAAUGCU